CUCCUCCAUCCCUGCAGGAUUAUCAUGUAUGUCUCCAUUCUACACUACCGCUCCCUCCUAUCGCCAUGGAUACUGACGGGUAACAGGACACGCUGGGGCCCGUACUCGCCGCUGCUGACCAAUAGAGCAGAACCUCGUAUGUUGGCAACAAGGAAGACUAGAGCAGCACCAAUGGCGAGCAGCGUUACAUCCCCAGCAGUGACGGUGACACCGAGAGCUCCUCAGCCCGAAUCAUUCCUGUCAGCCGCCGCCUCACUGUCCAGGACAAGAUGGGAGGUGACGCCUCGGGCCGCGCUGCAUUGUGGGACUGAACUGAGUGACAGCAGCCGAGUCUUUCCUGUUCAUGCCCAGACAGUAGACAUAUUGCUGAAAGCUUUGUAUAGCACACUUUCAGGAUGUCCAGCAGAGGUGGAAAAAAGAAGACUACCAAGACAUCAAGGUCUGCAAAGGCUGGUGUCAUAUUCCCAGUAGGAAGAAUGUUGCGUUACAUUAAGAAAGGGCAUCCCAAAUACAGGAUUGGAGUUGGAGCACCUGUUUAUAUGGCAGCUGUGCUGGAGUACCUGACCGCGGAAAUACUGGAAUUGGCUGGAAAUGCUGCUAGAGACAAUAAAAAGGGAAGAGUUACUCCCAGGCACAUUCUUCUUGCAGUAGCAAAUGAUGAAGAAUUAAAUCAGCUGCUUAAAGGUGUGACAAUAGCAAGUGGGGGUGUAUUACCAAAUAUUCACCCUGAACUGCUGGCAAAGAAGCGGGGAACCAAAGGAAAACUAGAAGCAAUCAUCACACCGCCACCAGCAAAGAAAACCAAAACCACUUCACCAAAAAAGUCAAUGGCAAAGAAGCCAGGCACCAAAAAGGGGGUGAGGAAAUCCAAGAAAAAGCAAGAAGUCAGCAAAGCAGCAAGUGCAGACAGCACAACUGAAGGGACCCCAGCAAAUGGAUUCACAAUCCUUUCCACCAAAAGUCUUUUCCUCGGACAAAAGCUGAACCUUAUUCACAGUGAAAUCAGUAAUUUAGCCGGAUUUGAGGUGGAGGCUGUUAUCAACCCUACCAAUGCUGACAUUGACCUUAAAGAUGAUAUAGGCAGUGCCUUAGAGAAGAAAGGAGGAAAAGAGUUCCUGGAAGGUGUAAUUGAACUGAAGAAAAAGAAUGGACCUUUAGAUAUAGCUGGAGCUGCAGUUAGUUCAGGUCAAGGAUUGCCUGCAAAAUUUGUAAUCCACUGCAACAGCCCAAGCUGGGGCUCUGACAAGUGUGAGGAACUGCUGGAAAAGACAGUAAAGAACUGCUUGGCAUUGGCAGAUGAGAAAAAAAUCAAAUCAAUUGCUUUCCCUUCAAUUGGCAGCGGAAGAAAUGGCUUCCCAAAGCAGACCGCCGCACAGCUUAUCCUGAAAGCAAUUUCCAACUACUUUGUGUCUACAAUGUCCUCUUCAAUCAAGACUGUUUAUUUUGUGCUUUUUGACAGUGAAAGCAUAGGCAUAUACGUGCAGGAAAUGGCAAAGCUAGAUACCAACUAAGCCUUUGAAUCCAGCAAACCCUUUCUGCCCAACUCCUUUCUGUACUAAAAAUACAACAUUUAGCCCUUUUUGUAAGACUGCACCACGGUUUGAAAAAUCAGGCUCAUUUGGGAAAGCAAGGAUUCUACUUGACCUUUCAAAAUUGUUUUCCUUUGGCACUCAUAGCUGGCAUUACAUUUUUUGAUGCUCUAUAUCUGAGGUGAUAUGAUUAAUUUAAAAUAUUUUUAUAGUUUUAUUUUACUGAGGUAUGAAAUUAUUCAGAUUGUAGUCGGGAGUAUAUUGUAUUUUGUAUGUGGGGCGAUACAUAAGCACUAUUUUGUAAAUGUGUUGUGGUGCUUUUAUUGUUUAGUAUGUGGUGUUUGAUUUUUCCCCUUUGUAAAGAGAUACAGUAUAUGUUUAAACACAAAGUUGUCUUUCUACUUCUUUUAUGGUAGCCCGAUCGAAUCAGCCUUCUACGUAACCUCAAAUGAAUAAAGCAAUGUCCGUAAUUCCACACUAUUAGCUCAUUAGGGAUAUUUUACAAGCACAAGUAAACUAAAUGUAGGAAGUAAGAGCACUGUUUUAGGACCUAGCAGUUAAUAAAGCCAUCUGUUAUUGAAAAAAAGAAAAAAAAAGUAAUAAAACAGAUGGGUGAACUAAGAAGGGCAUUACCAUGGAAAAAUAGAUAUGUUGUGCAUUAAAAAAAUAUGGAUUUGCUAAAUAAAUGUAAUUUUCUUUC